GGAAGCGGCGGAGCGGGGCGGGGCGGCAGGUGCGGGGAUGCGGGCGGAGCGCGGGUAGCAGAAGCCCGCGUUCAGGGCGCCCCGUGCGGUGAGCGCGCGGCAUGUCGCAAGGGCCCCCAGCGGGCAGCGUCCUGCAGAGGAGUGUGGCAGCGCCUGGGAACCAGCCGCAGAGCCCCGAGGAUGAUGACAGGAAGGUUCGCAGGAGAGAGAAAAACCGGGUUGCUGCUCAGAGAAGCCGGAAGAAGCAGACCCAGAAAGCUGACAAGCUCCAUGAGGAGUAUGAGUGCCUGGAGCAGGAGAAUGCAGCGCUGCGCAGGGAGAUCUCGAAGCUGAAAGAGGAGCUGCGGCACCUGAGCGAGGCUCUCAAGGAGCACGAGAGGAUGUGCCCCCUGCUGCUCUGCCCUAUGAACUUUGUGCAGGUGCGACCAGACCCGGUGGCCAGCUGUCUGCCACGGUGACACCACAGCUCACUCCUCUUUCAUCCAGCUCGGAACCUUGGUUUGCACACCCAAGAGUUUCCCUACACACCUGUGUCCAGGAGUACCCGUGGCUGUGCCCCAGCUAGGCGCUCUGGGCCAGCCUGGGCUCGGCGUGUACUCCGGGGGCACCUGUCCACAAACCCUAGGGUGGUGGAUCCAGAAGGGGCUCCCCCACAGGAGCUGCCUGAAGGAGUCGCUCCUCACCCACCUUGGCAGCUAGCCAGUCCUGCCCUGAGGCAGGAUCUUUCCGUCUGGAAUUUGGAUAAUAAAGAUAGUUACCGAG